UGGUGCGCCUGAGGAGCGAUGGCGGCGGCCUGAACUCACCUAGCACCCGCCGGGAGGACAGGCCUUGGUCAGGGUCGGCGUUCUGAGUGUGGACGAUUUGCAAGUCUGGACUGGGCAGUGAUCUCUGGGCUUGCUACUCCACUCUGGUAUAAUCACUGGCUCUAUGGACAACUACUGGCUCCUACAGACCGGAUGAAGCAGACUGGAGGCACAAGUGGAGAAAGCCCCCAGCUGGCAUAUCCUCCAAGUAUAGCCCUUUGGCUGCUGGCCCUGCCCAGCCUGCCUCAUGGAGAGGAUGAACUGGCUGAGCAGACUGGCUUCCCGGGGCCCUGGCCACCGUGUACCUCAAGGGGCCAGUCUACAGACCCCUGUCAUGGCUGAUCCUGAGACCUGCCUCAUGGUAUUUAAGAAUCACUGGUCUCAGGUGGUAAGAAUCUUGGAGCGGCGAGGCCCUCGGGCAGCUCCUGGAGGUGCUGAUGAUCUCAGUGCUGUGCGCAACCAUACGUAUCAAAUGUUAACUCUGCUGGCAGAGGAUCGCCCAGUCUCUUCAGCUCCUACUGGCCCUGGGCCCCUGCUGGAGUUUGCUCUGCGCGAGGAUCUGCUGACCCGUGUGCUGGCAUGGCAGCUCCAGUGGGAUGAGCUUGGGGAUGGGGUUGAGGAACGACGGGCUGAGCAAUUGAAACUAUUUGAGAUGUUAGUGAGCGAGGCUCGCCAGCCGCUGUUGCGGCAUGGACCAGUUCGAGAGGCUCUGCUCACUCUGUUGGAUGCCUGUGGCCGCCCUGUGCCUAGUAGCCCGGCACUGGAUGAAAGCUUGGUGUUACUUCUCAGCCAGCUGUGUGUUUGCGUGGCCCGGGAGCCUUCGUUGCUUGAGUUCUUCCUGCAGUCACCUCCUGAACCUGGAGCUGCCCCACGUCUUCUCCUCUUUUCUCGUCUUGUCCCUUUUGUCCAUCGAGAGGGCACCCUGGGCCAACAGGCUCGUGAUGCCCUACUGUUGCUCAUGGCUCUAUCAGCUGGGAGCCCUACUGUGGGCCGCUACAUCGCAGAUCACUCUUACUUCUGCCCGGUGCUGGCCACAGGGCUAAGUGCCCUGUAUUCUUCACUGCCCCGAAAGAUUGAGGUUCCAGGGGAUGACUGGCACUGCCUCCGACGGGAAGACUGGUUAGGAGUGCCAGCUCUUGCACUCUUUAUGAGUUCCCUAGAGUUCUGCAAUGCAGUUAUUCAGGUGGCUCACCCCCUGGUGCAGAAGCAGCUGGUUGAUUAUAUCCAUAAUGGGUUCCUGGUGCCUGUGAUGGGCCCUGCCUUGCACAAGACCUCUGUGGAGGAGAUGAUUGCCAGCACCGCCUAUCUGGAACUUUUCCUACGGAGUAUCUCAGAACCUGCCUUGCUCCGUACCUUCCUGCGAUUCCUGUUGUUACACCGGCAUGACACCCACACCAUUCUUGACACCCUUGUUGCCCGAAUUGGCAGCAACUCUCGGCUCUGCAUGGUCUCUUUGAGUCUCUUCAGGACCCUCCUGAACCUCAGCUGUGAGGAUGUCUUACUGCAGCUGGUUCUCAGGUAUCUUGUUCCGUGUAACCAUGUGAUGUUGAGCCAGAAGCCAGCUGUACGGGAUGUGGAUCUUUAUGGACGAGCAGCUGACAAGUUUCUCUCCCUAAUCCCACGCUGUUGUCGGCACCAUGCCCCUAGCCCACCUCAUCCAGAGCAUGCCUCAUGGGCACGAGGUGGGCCUAGCAGAGAGGCAGGGAAAAGGGAGGACAUCACGGGCCCUGGAAGCCCAAGUGUUGAUUCCUCUUCUGUGGUGACAGUUCCUCGGCCCUCCACACCAUCCCGCCUGGCUUUCUUCCUUCGGCAGCAGAGUCUGAGUGGCUCUGAGUCCCCAGGCCCAGUCCCUCGCUCACCAGGGCUUUCUGCAUCCCCAUCCUCUAGCCCUGGCCGACGGCCCUGCCCUACGGAGGAGCCUGGUGAGCUGGAAGAUAAUUACCUGGAGUAUCUGCGUGAGGCGCGCCGUGGUGUGGACCGCUGUGUCCGAGCCUGCCGUACCUGGUCUGCCCCCUAUGAUGGCGAGCGGCCCCCUCCUGAGCCCAAUUCUCUUGGCUCCCGGACUAAGAAACGCAGCCUCUUGACUGAGGAGGACAGGGACAAUGUGGGGAAAGGGGAGGAGGAAGAGCUGGGGAGUAGGGGGCUCACUGCAGGUGUAGGGGAGGGCCCUGGCCACCUACCCCCACCCCAGCUCAAUGGUGUACCAGGACCAUGGCCCGAAGGGGCCAAGAAAGUUCGUCUGGUACCACGACUGGCCCCACAGGAGGGAGCUGGGGAACUGCUAGAGGGUACCUCCGAGGGCAUGAUGGGACUAGAGAGCUUUGGGCAAGAGCUCCAGGAGCUGGAAGUAGCAUUGAGCAAUGGUGGAGCUGGCUCUGAAGUCCCCCUAGAGCCUCCCCUACCUCUUGAGGAGGAGGAGGCCUACGAGAGCUUUACCAGUCCCCCUGAGCUCCCUGGCCCCUUCCUCAGCAGCCCUUUGCGGACUUUCAACCAGCUGCCAAGCCAGCCCUUCACUGGCCCCUUCAUGGCUGUGCUCUUUGCCAAACUCGAGAACAUGCUGCAGAACUCCGUCUAUGUCAACUUCCUGCUGACGGGGCUGGUGGCCCAGCUGGCCUGUCACCCCCAGCCCCUGCUCCGCUCUUUCCUGCUCAACACCAACAUGGUCUUCCAGCCCAGUGUCAAGUCCCUGCUGCAGGUGCUGGGCUCUGUGAAGAAUAAGAUUGAGAGCUUUGCGGCGUCCCAGGAGGACUUCCCAGCACUGCUAUCUAAAGCCAAGAAGUACCUCAUUGCCCGUGGCAAGUUGGACUGGGGUGAGGGUCCUACAGCAGGACCUGCCCCACGCCGCUCCGAUUCCCUAGUGAAGAGCCGGAGGCCAUCCUUGGGGGAAUUACUCCUGCGGCAUGCACAUAGUCCAACCAGGGCUCGACAGGCGGUACAGGUCCUUCAGCCUGGGCGAGACGGAGCAGGACUUGGACUAGGUGGGGGCUCCCCGGGGGCCUCCACUCCAGUUCUUCUUCCCCGGAGUGGAGCUCCUGAGCGCCAAGGUGAGGCUCUGCGAGUCAAGAACGCUGUCUACUGUGCCGUCAUUUUCCCUGAGUUUCUCAAGGAAUUGGCUGCUAUCUCCCAGGCCCAUGCUGUCACGUCGCCUUUUUUGUUGGAUACUUCAGAGGAGGGAUCAAGCCCUCUCAUCUCAGGCUCUGGGUCCCUCAAUCCUUAAUUUUCUUCCAUGGACAAUCAGGGCCGUAGGUGGCUUGGGCGAGGCCAGGUCGCAGGCUCCUUUGAAUGUUUGGAGGCAGUGGCAAAUGGACUUUUUAAUUUAUUUCAGAUGAAUGUUUUAUGGAGAACUUGUUGCAAUAUGUAUAAAAGGGAAAUCUCUA